AUAAUUACAGGGGAGGGGGGUGAAUGAGCCAAUUGGAAGCUGGGGAUGAUUAGGUGGCCAUGGGGGACAGAUGGGGAAUUUACCCAGGACACCAGGGUUAACACCCCUAGUCUUACAAUAAGAGAUUCCAUCUGAAAGACGGCACCAUACACAGGGCAAUGUCACUGCCCUGGGGCAUUGGGAUUGUUGUUUAUUUUUACACCAGAGGAAAGAGUGCCUCCUACUGGCCCUCCAACACCACCUCCAACAACAGCAUCUGGUCUCCUAUCCAUGGACUGGUCAGGACCAACCCUGAUUAGCUUCAGUGGCAAGCCAGCAGUGUGAUGCAGGGUGGCAUGAAUAAGGUGUGAUCACCGUGAUCUAUCGGAGGUGCUGGCUUGUUCUAAGAAGAGACUCCAGUAAAGGGCCCAAGAGAUUGGAGAGGUUCUCAAAUGAACAGGCGGCUAACUGCCAAUGUCACCACAAAGUAGGCAAUCAAACUGAAAUACUGGAGUGGUCUUGAAAUACUGGAGUGGUGUACCACUGUGGUCUUGUUUGGAGAUUUGUUUUGUUCCCCCCCCCCCAUGAUUAUCAAUAACAUUGAGAGUUGUGGUUAUUUUGUUGAUUUGUGAAAAUGAGAGUCAUUGCACACUCAAAUGUACCACAGGGUCUCGACAACAAAAUGAGAAGAGAUAUAUAUUUAGAAGUAUAAAGAAGAUUUGCUCACUGUUUGCUUGCCGUGAGCUUAAAUUGACAUAUAGCUUUGUGGCUUUGUAGAUAUUAAAUAACUAUGUUUCAACCACAGAGAUCCUAUUAAAAAUUAUAUGGGUAAUUCUAUAGUUUCAACAAUCUGAUAAAGCCUGUGUUGGUUGAAGGGUUGUUAUUAUAUAAUGAAAGCUUUAUUAUUGAAGGGCACUUUCGGGAGCAACAAACAGGGCCAUUAUUGUGUCAUGUGUCCUAUAUUCUCCCAGGUGACAGACCUCACAAAAAUAAGAAAUGUUACCAGACCCCCACGGGGUAAAAAGAAAUACGCUGUGGUUCUGACUUUCAAUGACGACUCACCAAAGGCUUUCGCAUGUGAUUCAGAGUUGGACGCCAAGGAAUGGUGCAAAGUGCUACAAAUGGAAUGUCUGGAGGCUAAAAUGACUGACCUGACCUUGGAGGAGCCAGUCCUAUUUAACAUGAACCUACAUCGAGAUCACAGAGAGCAGUUCCACGUAUUCAUGAAGCCAUCACAGUGUAUGGAUUUCAACGGGGAAUGUAAUCUUCAGAUCACUUGUGACACUCUCUUGCUGUGGGACACCCAGAACCCUGGUCUCAAAAUCACAUCCUGGCCACUGCGGUCACUUCGCCGUUAUGGUCGGGGUCAAAACUGGUUCACAUUUGAAGCUGGGAGGAUGUGUGACACUGGAGAGGGACUCUUCACCUUUCAGACACCAGAGGGAGAACGGCUCUAUCAUAGAGUGAAUGAGGCGGUGUUAGCCACUGUGGAGCAAGAGGACUGGCUAUGCUGUGAUGAGAGGAAGACAGGCACGGAGAGGAGAACCAGAGAGUCUACAAUACCUUGGUCUCUGUGCUGACACUGCUGAUUCUGAUGGUCCAGUCACAAUCCUUGAUCCCAUUUGAAAUCAGAUUAAAUAUAUUCACUGUAUAUCAGUUUGAUAGUCAUAGUUGUUUUUUGAAACAAUGUUCAGAUAUGAAGGAAUUACGUAAACACCAAGGACUACAUAUUUAUGUACUGGAAUCCUUCAGUAGAUUUUUAGGUAAAACUAUCAAAGUUAUCCAUUUUAGUCUGCUUUUUGCAUUUUGAUAGUUUGUGUGAAUAUUAGUUUUUGAUUUUAAUAGUACAGGUAACUGCCAAAAUAAAGUAAACACUUGAUUCCUGAGUUAAUGAAGCAAUUAACAUCCCAUCAUACUUAGGAUCAUGUGUAAAAAUGCCCAGUUGCCCAUUAUUUUAGCUACCAUGGCUAUACGAAGAGAUCUCAGUGACUUUGAAAGAGGGGUCUCAGAGGAGAACAGGGGGUUUAAAGUGUGUGUGUCUCAGUCACCAGAUCUCAACCCAAUUGAACAAUUAUGGGAGAUUCUGCAGGGCAUGCGACAGCAUUUUCCACCACCAUAAACAAAACACCACAUUUCUGGUGGAAGAAUGGUGUACACUUGUCGAAUCAAUGCCAAGGUGCAUUGAAGCUGUUCUUGCAGCUCGUGGUUGCCCAACGCCCUAUAAGACACUUGGUGUUUCCUUUAUUUUGUCAGUUACCUGUACAUUACUGUUGAAUUUAUUAAUGUUAAUAAAUGAGUUAUUAAAAAUUAUUAAAACCAA